AUGGUGCUUCCGGAUAUCUCUUCCCUAAACCUGAAUGGUGGCGGUUAUGUAUCUUCCACCAACUUGAAUGGACCACCGUUACCUGACGACAUCGAGAACACUCACGGCGAUAGAUAUAUGCAAAAGUUGAAGAACUAUGCCAAAUCCUUGCCGUACUCAAUCGAACCAUACUCCAAAAUGGUUUCCAUGCUUGAUUUCAUACUGCUUCGCCUCACUCAGAGCGUCGAGGCAAGGGAUUACGAUGUCGGUUUCAUGCAAUGGGAUAGUAUGAUUACUUACUGGUGCAUGUUGAAAUAUCCUAUCCCAAAGGAUAGACGAAUAGCUUUGGCCAAACUGUAUUUCCAUCUGAGCAUUACACCUGGACUGGCGACGCAGAUAAUAGCCACAUGCGCUGACGCCUUCAAAGUCCUGACUAGGUCUAAAUACAAGAUCACAAUCGAUGACAUGAGGCUUCCGUGGAAGCCUAUUUAUGAUAUCCUCAGCCAAGACCUGUUCUUGAGGCGGCGGCAGUUCGAAUACACGCAAUUGUCUUGGUGUAUGGGUUACAUUGCUGAUAACUCCCGCAAGUUCUUCCACCCAGCGGCCAUUAAUGACAUGCUCGCAACCUUCCUCCCUCAAUUUGAUGGAACAAAAUUAGAUUCUAUUCUAGCUACUGAGUACUACCUCGUGACGUUUCUCCCUCUAAGCCAUCCACAAUAUUAUCUGCCAACGAUAUUCCGCGUGUGGGAGUCUAUCAACUCCUACAUGUUUGAUGAAAGGAUGUUGUUUUUUAUAUCCAAAUUAGCAGAGCUGCAUGUUAAUCCACAAGUCAGCGAUCCGAAGAAAGUCAAAGAGCUUCCGGAUGACGAAAUUUCUGAAGGAGAAGAGCGACCUGAUUGGUCUGAAAAGGCCAAUGCUACAGGCCCUUAUAUGUGGACCGGCUUAUACAAAGAUGUUGGAAUUUUCACUGAGCAUGAAUGGAAUUUUUUGAUGUGUAAAUGUCUUGCUUCGAUGGAGAUCCCUUUAGCAGACGGGGGCUCAUUGACUACCGGACCAUCUGCAGAUCAACAAGUUGGUUUUGAGAUUGGAAGGUUGCCUAAACCACAAUGGCGCAUCCCUUCUUUGGCUCGAAUAAUUGUAUACUCCAUGUCGACCGAUGGCUUGCCCGUUCCUCCUUCCAAUGCCGCUACGCCGGUUUUCUCCCCCCUACCCUCCGCUGCCAGCACUCCUCAUCCAUCUAAUGCGAGCCUUGGGGACUAUCUGUCCUCACCUAUCUCUAAGAAGGCGCAUUUUGCUCCGAGGACUUACCUUGCUGGCUCCAAGGCACUUGAUUCGCUGGCCAGAAUGAUUGCAUCUACUGAGAGCUUUUUCCACCCAUCUAAUUCGGGAACCUGGACAGCUGACCUCAGUGCGUUCAUCAAAUACAUUGUGUACGAUUUUAACAAGAGAUGGCACGAAGAGCAAGACCCCAAAUGCAAGACGCCCAAGAGCCGACGUUUGACUAAAUUAAUGAAGCGAGAGCUGGUGAAGUCGUUAAGGACAGUUGUACUGUUGGCCAUGUUCUCGCAGGAUUCGACCACAGUAUCAAAUGUGCAAAGUUGCCUCAAGUCGAUGAGCGUCAUGGAGCCUGAUCUGAUCCUGCACCCUGUGUUAGAACGAGCAGUUCCGUCAUUGGAAGCUCUGGUCGAGACACAACGAACUAUAUCCGUCAUCAAAGCUCUUGGCGCUGUAGCCCCUGCUAUAGUAUCUCGAGAUGUAUAUUAUCCGGGGGCAAAGUAUCUUGUUCCUAUUCUAGAACUUCUCCUUCCUGGCAUAGAUCUCAAUGACCCAACAAAAACACUUUGCACCACUGCGUUUCUCGUAGAAAUAUCGCAAUAUAUCAAAAUCGGUGAUCUAACGUCUUACAACGACACCCCUCCCACAGAAGAAUCCGCACCACUGUUCCCGAGCGGAAACGUUACAUCUCUUCCUUCAUUCUCUCUGGAAGAAUUAGAUUCCUCUACCGAAGCUGGUCCCAAGCUUACCAACGCAGAAGAAGACGCACUGUUGAAGGAUUCCACGGGUGGCUUCCCAGAUUGGGUUGCAAACUUCAUUCGUAGAGUCAUCCAGUUACUCGAGAACCUUCCUGAAGAAGGACCAAAUGGCAAUGCCGGCGGUGCUACAGAAGUUCAGAUUAUCGAUGCUGUCACGGGUGCCUGUAGUCAAAUAUGCAUUCAUCUCUCUGAGCCUCUGUAUGACUUGGUUCUCAACAUGGUAUUUGAUUACGCCAGCACCAAUGUGCGAACAAACGCCGUACGAGCCAUUCACCAACUCGUUGAAUGCGUCGCCAAUGCCGAUCCUGUCAAAACUCUGGCGAAAUUCUUUCCUCUAUGUGCAAUGAAUAUCCGUACGGAGCUUGAGAAUGGCGCCAGCUCCCUUCGCACUACGUCAUCUUCUACGCCUCUACCGUCAGACGCGACUUUACACUGGUAUCUGGCCAUUCUGAGAGGAACAGUUUAUAAUGAUGGAAGAGCCGUGCUUAAAUAUCAAGACGAAAUGCUCUCCUUGAUACAUUUACUUCACGAAAAAGCACUUUCAAAAAGGGGAUACUCUUGGACCGGAAAAUUACUCUCAAGUCUCCUUCUGACCUUGACUCACACAUAUCCUUUGGAAAACAAGUUCAUCAACCCUCAUGAAUGGACAAGCGAAGAAUUCCAACGAAAUCACCAUCUUCAUUGGGGAAAGGUCUUUGCACCUGAUGAAGUCACCAUUUCAUGGCAUACACCAAACAGUCAAGAAAUUCAAUUCGCAAUUCGCAUCUUCAAGGAAUUGGUAGAGCCUACAUUGGAAUCAUUGGAGAGUCUGUUGAAACCAGGGACCAUCCGCGACGCCAUCUGGCGGAGUGAUUUUUGCAGGCAUCUAACACUUGUCCGAAAUGCAUUUGCAGGAACUCCGACUCUUUUAAAAGAGUUUAUGAGUCAAGAAGAUAUAUUUCAGGCUACGCUUUCGAGCGACAUACUGGACGAAAUUCCUGAGAUGAUUGCUUCCGCCCCACCUUUGAACUCGGGUUUUGCUCUAACAGAUACUUCUGAUCCAGAGUAUCAGUAUCUUCUUCGGGUUAAGCAUCGGUUUGGCCAGUUCCUUCAUAAGGCCUCAAUGGUCUUGAGAGAUCAGGGGGAGGAGAACACUGUUGACGCGGUUCAAGUCUUGAUCACCUCAAUCCGUACAUACAUGCUCGAAUAUGGCGAUAACCGUGAUAGCUAUUAUGUGAACAAAGACCAGUUUGAAAGUGAAAAAAACGUAGCACGGCAAUAUGCUGGGCAAAAGGUUUGGCCAAGGGCAGUAUAUGUCCGUCGUGCAAGAUUUUAUAACGCUGCCCGUUUGCAUUGGAACUCGAUUGAACGUAAACGAGGUCCGGUUGAAGACAAUCUUAUCGAUGACCUUGUUGAAUGGUCUAUGUGGCAUUACCCAGUUGUUCGACAGUCAAGCCAGAGCCAUUUGGAAUCAAUAUGCGGGACAUAUGAUGGAGUUCGACGCCGGGCACUCCCAGUUCUAUUUGAUGCUCUGAAGCCCGGCACAGAUGAUGACCGGGUGAAGGGUGCAUUAUGGACAAUCAACUCACCUUCUUUCGGAAAGUAUGCCAUCGGUGAACCCACGCUCGCCAACAAGUUUGUUUCGACGUUGUUCCUCUGUCAGCAGCACGAGAAGCCCUCCAUACAAGAUUGUGUAUCAACCGUUUUCGACAAUUGUCUGAGUAAUUUCACCGAGCCCACCACCCUCAUAUACACCAUGCCUACUCCAGCUGUGGAUAGUGCUCUGACAAAUUUGCAGGGCUUUUUAAAGUUUACUCCGAAAGACAGAGCUAUCACAAAUCGCGCUCGCGAUAUGCGCAUCAGCCGUGUCAAGAUUGCAGAUGAUGCCUUUAGUGAGAUGACUCGAAACAUUCUCCAAAUUGCAAACUCGUCCCGGACACAUUGGAGAUACGGAAUUUACGCUGUGAAAUGCCUGAGAACCCUAGUACGACGCGACCGCCCUUUAUUGCGUGAACAGAUUGUCUACUUUUUAGAGAAGGUUCAUGACGAUAAUCCGAGCAUACGUUAUUAUGCACAAAGAGCUGUGAUGAAGAGCAUUCAAGGCAUCAAGUUGCGGACCUUUUGCACAGAUCCCAUUGACCUUAUUCUUGGUCGAAAUCACAAUCCUCUGAAACGCUCCUUGAAAAUCAAUGCUUCCGCAACAACGACACAGGACUUUUUGAAUAACUUCAAGGUUCCAGUAGACAUCCAUCAAGCAGACCGAACUCCGCUAUUCUUCGAUAAAACCCCCCCUGGAUGGUUGGUUUGGGAUAAAACCAUAUCUUUGUAUAUACUUCCUCGUCCUUCAAAGUCAACUUUCCAACCAUGGGAAGCAGGAAGCGCCGACGCUAUCCAAGCUGUCCGUGAAAUGGUUCUGAGGAAAGAAUACUGGGAGGACGUUGCAAUAUAUUACUCCGAAGAAAACCACGAAACCACCAUCACGCAGGAUAAUGUGUCCACCGUCAAGUCAAUCUUUCAACUACUUGAAGACGAACCUUUUGAAGCUUUCCGCCCUACAGUCGAAGCAGCGAUUGCCGAUAAAGAUCAAAACAAACAAAGGGCUGCUGCAGAAUUUUUAGCCGGCAUCUUAGGAGGCUCUAAGCAUUGGCCCAUAGAUAAACAAGAUGCCCUUUGGAAAUGGUUUACACCUUACAUCCCAAUUAUAUUUGUCCAGAAUAUAAAGUCUGACACUUUGUCAAUAUGGACAUCGUUCCUUGAGUAUAUGUUUUACAACAAAGAUCCUCGCCGACUCCAGCCCCUUGUUGACUUUUUAUAUGAUGCAUUCAUGAACCUAGAUUUCAAUUCCGAACUAUCUUUCGAUGCGGUCAAAGUUAUUACACUUUACCGAGCAUUCUUUGAAGAACUUCGCCGCAAGUUCGGUCCCUGGACAGACGACACUGUGCAACGAUGCUGGCGUGAGAUUCACAGCGAACAUGAGGACGUGCGAGCCUUCAUAAGUGAAAUUUUUGCAUUUUCAGAGAAUGUCAAGUGGCAACCUAAGCCAACUGUACCCACUGUUGAAGUGCUCAUCAAUGAAUGUCACUCACUACCACUAACGUCUGACAUCAUGGCGAUGAGAGGUACUUAUCACAGAGCAAGAAUUGAAGGACUUGUUGAAAAGUUUAAGGAAUGGCGUGCGGCACGUGUCCCUGGAGUUCGAGCCUUCCAGUCGAACUAUGACAGGGUUGGAAUAACUGUGUGCAAAUGGCUCUAUCUAUCUCUGCACGACCUCCAUGCAAAUUCCACAUUCGACUACAUUCUUCCUCUCAUGCCAGAGAUAUUCCGUUUCACGGAAGUUAACGAUAACAAUAGUCUUGCAUCGCGAGCAAGCAGUCUGCUCAUUCGAAUGUGUGGAGUCACGCCUCCAGUGGUGCAUGUCAAUCCAAUCUUGAGUGAAAUCUUCGAUGCAAUACAAUCUUCACCGUCAUGGAGAGUUAGGCUUAAAGCCCUUCCGCUCCUGCAGGUGUUUUAUUUCCGCCAGCUUACCUUGAUUAGUGAAAUUAAGAUAGUGGAAAUGUUGGAGGUUUUAUGUAGAUGUUUGGAUGAUGAAGUUGUAGAGGUUCGCGAGAUGGCUGCCGUAACUCUAUCUGGUAUUCUGCGUUUAUCUCCGCGGCGCAGUGUCGUCACUUUGAAGGAUCGAUUCAUAAGACUACUCAAGAAUACUCACAUUCCUGGGAGACAAGACCCCAAUUACAACAAAGCUAUCAGGCAGCGACAUGCCGCAAUUCUAGGGAUAUGUGCCCUCGUCGACAGUUACCCCUAUACGGUGGAAAAAUGGAUGCCAGAAUUGCUCACAAACAUCCUAGCGGAUCACACUUACGACCCAAUCCCCAUAUCCACGACCGUUCGAAAGUGCGCUAGCAAUUUCAAGAGAACACACCAAGAUACAUGGCACGAGGAUUCGAAAUGUUUUAACGAAUCCCAACUAGCAGCCUUGUCGACUCUUUUAACAGGGUCAUCAUACUGUAUGCCGUACUUCAUUGAGUUGACAGCUUCACUGACAUCAUUUCUUCUAGACGCGUAA